AUGCCUUUGCAAAACCCACCGUCCUCCAGUAUACUGUAUAUGAACUUCAAUCAGGACUACACAUGUGUAUCGAUAGCGGAUUACAAGGGGAUAAAAAUCUACAGUCUCGUCACUCACAAAUUGUGCUAUGUUGCAGACAUCGGUGCUGUGAGUAUCGCGGAAAUGCUGGAAUGCACCAGCCUGAUGGCUUUUGUAGGAGCAGGGGAGCAGCCAGCCUUGACACCUAGGAAGCUGACGCUUAUGAAUACUACAACUCAGACCAAGAUCCAGGACUUAAGUUUUCCUUCAUCUGUCUUGGCAGUGCGUGUGAACAGGAAAAGGUUGAUUGCUGUCCUGGAACGGAGAGUUCAUGUGCAUGCUUUGGAGACAUUGGAGCUCCUUGGGACCAUAGACACAGCCCCCAAUACCAAGGGGGUGUGCGCCCUGACCAUCUGCUCCGAGCCAUGCCUGGUGGCGCUCCCCUCAUCCACCACCGACGGCACCUUGCGGAUCUAUAACCUGCUUGCGGAAGGGGGCAAUGUGCUGUGUGAGCUUGCCGCCCACAAAUCACAAGUGGCAGCGAUGUGCUGGAACCACGACGGCAGCAUGCUGGCGAGCGCAUCGGCAAAGGGGACGGUGCUGCGCGUGCACCGGCUGCCGCAGGCCGCCAAGGCGUUCACGUUCCGCCGCGGCACCUACCCCGCCCCCAUCCACUCGCUCGCCUUCUCCCCGGCGUCCGUGCAGCCGCCACUUCUGUGCGCCGCCAGCGGCCACGGCACCGUGCACCUCUUCCGCCUCGAGGAGCCCGACAGGUGCUGCCAUUACCCCACAUCCUUCUCGACGGCGUCUGGCAUUCUGGCGAAUGUGUUUCCCUCGGCCAUGGCAGAUGUGGUGGACCCGCCGCGCUGCAUCGCCACCGUCAGGCUGCCCUGCCAGGUG